AUGGACAAGAGUAGUUUCUUUAUUCAUCAUAAGGUAGAUCUGCACAUAGAGAGAAGAAUUCACAAGAUCACUAAUAUGAGAAAAGGAUCAUUUCCUUGCAUUUACCUUGGUUGUCCUGUUUUCUAUGGGAGAAGGAAGAGUAUAUACUAUGCUGAUUUAGUGAAGAAGGUGAUGAACAGAAUUAUGUCAUGGCAGAAUAGGUUGUUAACUUUUGGCGGGAGAUAUAUUCUGAUUGCCCAUGUAUUACAGACUAUGCCAAUUUAUUUGCUAUCUGCCAUGAAUCCAUCGAAAGGGAUCAUCAAUCAAUUACACAAACUUUUUGCAAAGUUUUUUUGGAAUAAUGCCACAGGAAGCAGAAAUAAACAUUGGGCGGCAUGGGAUAAGCUGUGUUUGCCAAAGGAAGAAGGGGGCAUUGGUUUUAGAUCUCUACAUGACAUCUCAAAUGCUUUAUUUGCCAAGUUAUGGUGGAGUUUUAGAACUUCAAAUAGCCUGUGGAGUGUAUAUAUGUGGAACAAAUAUUGUAAGAAGCUACAUCCAGUAAUAGCACAAGCCAGGGGAGGAUCAAAUGCAUGGAAGAAGAUGGUAUUGGUAAGAGAGCAAGUUGAGCACAAUAUAUGGUGGCAAAUGAAGAAUGGAAGUUCAAGUUUCUGGUUUGAGAAUUGGACAAAACUUGGUGCACUUUACUAUGUGAUUACAGAAUCCAACUUUGAUGCAGAGGUGGAAGUCAAAGAGUAUGUAGCAAGACAUAGGUGGAAUUUAGAGAGAUUAUCUGAAGUUUUACCAGAAGAAGUUGUUAAUCAUAUCCAACAACAUAUCAAGGUGCCUUUAGAAGUAGAGGGGAUGACAAAGCGUGGUGGUUUUAGCAUGGAGGGAAGACAUCUACAUCAGGCUAUUUUAACUUGGUGGACAACAGAUGUUAACACUAAGUUACAGGCUAUAUUUAGAGCAGUUCCAGCAAUUAUCAUGUUGGAGUUAUGGAAAAUGAAAAAUGCAGUCAAACAUGGGAAUAACAUCACAUAUAGCAGGCUAGUAAAAUGGUUGACACCUAAUAAUAGGAAACUGAAGUGCAAUACUGAUGGUGCAAGCAGAGGAAACCCAGGCAGAAGUUCAUAUGCCUUUUGUAUCAGGAAUCAUAUGGGAGGCUUAAUAUAUGCACAGUCAUAG